CGGUACUAUAUGCUAUAUCGUAGAGGUAUUCGAGGAUUAAGUCUUCUCGUUUCAGUGUAUUCUACACUAUUGUGAUAGCAUUUAUAUGAUCAACACAGAGUCUAGUACCAAGUGACAAUCCGAGGUCACCUCCGUUUCAUCUUGUGUGCGAGUUUGACCACUUGCCGACUUUUAUUGAAACAUAAGAAGUGCGCUCGUUGCAGGUCAGUCACACGCUGACAAUUAUCUACAGACAAACAGUACACAAAGGAACAUCACCAUGAGGUUCUGCCUACUAUAGAACGUAACUUUAUAUGCUGAUUACGUUCUUUGAAUAUUGUUAAGCAUUCAUUUUCACAGUGGACCGUCAUACCGGAUAUAAGUUGGUGUUAGGCAAUUAUUCCGUAUAACUGACCACUCGUAUGUUACAUUAGUCACACAGUUUUAAACACAAUUCUGAGUAUACACAAGUGUACCGUUAUAUCCAAAUACUUUAGAAACGGGCUACGCUCAGUAUCUUUGCCGUUCGACACAAACCACUGUACUCGUUUCUGGGCAAUCGGCGAUGGUGUGUGACAAGUGCACGACUGUGGCAUUGUCAACGGAGGGCUCCGAGGCCUCCCCUGCCACUUUAGGCGUAUCGCUGGUAAAACGAAACACGCAGAGGAGAUCGACAACGAGGGUUCUGAAAGCCUGGCUACGCGACCAUCACGAUAAACCCUACCCCACUGCGCGAGAGAAGGACUUGCUCACACAGCAAACCGGGCUGAGCCUUACACAGAUUAACUACUGGUUUACGAAUGCCCGACGACGGUACUUGCCAAAGAUGAGCUUGAUGACCGAUGGCUCAUCCGAAAUCGCCACUCGCACCUCCUCAUCGCCCGAUAGCAUCCAUAUGCAAAACGGUGAAAUAGUUGAUGGCUCAUCCCUUGUGGCCCUGGCCGCUCCAGCAGAAGUUGGAAAGAGUCAGGCUCUCGUACCUACUUCGUCGUUAACAGCCUUGGCCGCCCCGGGCGAUAUCACUGCCAAAUCCGAGUCGAACACCGUUACCAUGGCAAACACCACUAACGCGCUGCCUGGGGCGCCUAGUGCCAGCGCCCUACCAAACCCAACAAUAACUUCUACAUGCACAGGCACGCACACGACGACAACUGCAACUAGGGCUAAUGCUGACACCACUGCAGGACAAAGUGGCCCAAAUGGCGAAGCGAAGUGUAAGUGCUGCGACAAGGAUACGAACGAACUGGAGAAGACGAUGCUGGACUUCAUCGUCAAGUGCAACGCUAUGCGUUCUCUCGAUGGGCGUCCAGGGGAGGCAGGCUCAGAGGAUGGCAAGCGCAAGGGGGGAAAUAGAGCCAAUCCUGCGACGACACGCAUCCUACGCGAAUGGUUGAACGAACACUACCAGCACCCCUAUCCCGAUGCCGAUGAAAAGGAAGAGCUCUGCAAGAAAACCGGCAUGACUAUCAUUCAGGUAAACUAUUGGUUCGUGAAUGCACGCCGAAGGUAUCUGCCCAAGUCCUCCAAGACACAGUCAGCCAUCAACAGUCACAAAGCACAGACCACAGAGGCGCUUAUGCAACAGUAUCGCGAUGCCCUUCCCGGUGUGUCCGGCGUCUCCGCUUCUGGCACAGACCGGGGCCAGCCAUUGAGCACGGGGCAGUACGAUGUGCACUUGGCCUCUACUACCGAGGGAUUGAUAUCACUAUCAGAUACGCAGGCGGUUAAUUGUGUUGUUACGCUGCCCCCGCACCCGGUGUAUCCGAUGUCUAGAGGCUCGGCUGGGCUGGGGCUGGUAGGAAUGGGUAUGGGCAUGGGGUUGGAUCUGAAUAGAGUGGAUGCCAAGGGACCGGAGACGGCCUCCCCUGAGGCAUUGGCCUUGAACGGUACGAAUGCCAGUGUGAGUCCGCCUCUGGGUGAGUCAUCGACUGGCGGCACUACCUCUCCAGGGAACAACCCAAAUUCAGCACAGCCACAGCCACGGGUAGACGUGCACGCACUCGCACCCCCACCUGAUCAUGUACAGGCACAAGCACAGGCACACGCGCAACUGCGCGAAAAUGCACAGUCACAAGAAAACACGCAGGCACACGCAGCCAGCGACAGCAGUGGCAAGCGGAAGCUGGAAUCAAUGGCCGAGAGUGCGGGAGGCGAUGACACGGACGAGGAAGAUCUGAGUGCUCUGGUAGCCGACGAGGCCCAUGUGCACACGCUGACGGACAUCCACGCACAAGCACACACCACCGACACGGCCAAGCGCCACCACUCUGCAGGGUCGUACGACGGCAUGAUAGCGCUGUCGGGGGGUGGGCACGUGGGAGAGGAAUCCCAUGCGCAGAACAAUGCACGAGCUCAGGCGCAAGCUCAAGCCCAGGCUCGGGCACAUGCACAAGCUCAACACGCACAUUCGCUCGCCCUGGCGCACGCGAGUAUGCAGGGUCUGGGUAUGAGCGCACUCUCCCAUCCCGGUUUGGGUAUGGGGUUCAAUAGCGGGAUGGAUCUUAACGUCUUACCGCUGCCGGUGUCUGCGGACGGAAUGAUGGGUGUGUCAUCGCUGAAUGCAAAUGUGGCAAGCGCGUCAGAUAGUGCCCUAUUUGGCAACAGUGUUAGGAUCAACCAUGAAAUGGCGGAGGGGGCGAAGGUCAUGUCAAAGGGCCCGACGAGCAAGUCUGGGAUGUCGAAAAAGAACAGCGACUCGUCGAAAGUCCUGACUACCAAUUUACUCAAGGGAUGGCUACGAGAGCACAGCAGCAACCCUUAUCCAGAUUCAGCCGAAAAAUCGCAACUACGCGAAAAGACCGGCAUGAGUAUGACCCAGAUCAACUACUGGUUCACCAAUGCCCGCCGACGAUACCUGCCGCAAAUACAAAACGAGAAAAACCGGGCAGACGAAAAGACUGCGGGUGUCGAGGCCAGUUGAUGGAGCUUCAUUUCGCCAGAAUCACAACUAGAGCUCGCACGUGUAUAUACAGCGAGGGCUGCGGGCUUGUAUAUGCGGGCUUCAGGAAUAUACAAAUAGCAGUCCAUGUGCACCUGCACGUUCGCUCACUUGCAUGCACGCAGACGUGUUCAUGCAUAUGACUUGUCAGAAAGGGCCCGCCCAUCAACGAGACGAGUUGGAGCAGCCGCAGUGAUAUGGAUGUGGAUCUACUCUCUCCAUCAUUACAUCUGAGUAUUACAUACACUCAGAGCAUACCAAAGAUCAACCAUGCAGGGCAAUAUAACAUCUCACACCACUGCCGGAUAACUGCUACUUAUAUCAUUUACCUACACUUGGACUUAUGGAUUAUCACGAUGCUCCUGUGAGUAUGGUUUGCGAAGAACAUUAAGCGCUCUCACGUUGCGUUGAGUGCCGAUAGUGGAAGGUUUGUGUCACACAAUGUACUGAGUAAUCGGGAACAGCGACGGCAUCCAUUGCCACUCCCUGGCGCAGGCUCAAACGCUAUUCGCUUUCAGUUCAUCCGAAGUGUAUAUAUUCAGUCACUGGACGCCAAAUUGUGUGACAUCGCGAGCUACACAGACGUUCUGGCCGACACCAACUACAUAACAUUCUCAUCCGCCACUUUGACAUAUUAGUGGGAUAGUCAAAGAUAGGACCAAGCCCAUCUUGUCAAUAAAUUAGAAGUAUGCAAGUACUAAUAUACAAAUAAACACAUAUGAACCAGCUGCAGCGCGC